AUGAUCUGCUUUUCAGAUAAUACCAUCCAGUCGAUUUUCUGCUGUUGCUGUUCCGUGCAGAAGCGACAAGUGAGGACACAAAUAAGCCUUAGCAAAGAUGAAGAACUUUCAGAAAAAUACACGCAGCAUCGCAGACCAUGGUUCAGUGAAUUGCCAAGUAAGAAGCAAUCCAACAGGGGCCGAGUGCAGCCAUCAAAACACAAGCCGCUGCCUCCCCUCCCACCCUCUGAGUUUGCUGAAGAGAAGAUCCAAGUCAAGGCACUGUAUGAUUUCCUGCCCAGAGAGCCCUGUGAUUUAGCCUUAAAGAGAGCAGAGGAAUACCUGAUCUUGGAGAAGUGUAAUCCUCACUGGUGGAAGGCAAGAGACCGCUUGGGGAAUGAAGGCUUAAUUCCAAGCAACUAUGUGACUGAAAACAAACCAACCAACUUAGAAAUAUAUGAGUGGUACCAUAGAAAUAUCACCAGAAAUCAGGCAGAACGACUUUUGAGACAAGAGUCUAAAGAAGGUGCAUUUAUUGUCAGAGAUUCAAGACAUUUGGGAUCCUACACCAUUUCUGUGUUUAUAAGAGCUGGGAGAAGUAUGGAGGCUACCAUCAAACAUUAUCAGAUUAAAAGGAAUGACUCAGGACAGUGGUACGUGGCUGAAAGACACCUCUUUCAAUCAAUCCCCGAGUUGAUCUGGUAUCACCAGCACAAUGCAGCUGGGCUCAUGUCCCGUCUCCGCCACCCAGUUGGGCUGAUGGGCAGUUGUUUGCCGGCCACAGCUGGUUUUAGCUAUGAAAAGUGGGAGAUAAAUCCAUCUGAGUUGGCUUUUGUAAAGGAGAUUGGAAGCGGCCAGUUUGGGGUGGUCUAUUUAGGCCAAUGGCGAGCACAUGUCCAGGUAGCUAUCAAGGCCGUCAAUGAAGGCUCCAUGUCUGAAGAGGAUUUCAUUGAAGAGGCUAAAGUGAUGAUGAAGUUAUCUCAUUCAAGGCUCGUUCAGCUUUAUGGAGUGUGUAUACAGCAGAAGCCCCUUUAUAUUGUGACGGAGUUUAUGGAAAAUGGCUGCCUGCUUAACUAUCUCAGAGAGAGGAAAGGAAAGCUUAGGAAGGAGAUGCUACUGAGUGCAUGUCAAGAUAUCUGUGAAGGAAUGGAGUAUCUGGAGAGAAACUGCUUUAUCCACAGGGAUUUAGCCGCGAGGAAUUGUUUGGUCAGUUCUACAAGUAUAGUAAAAAUUUCGGACUUUGGAAUGACAAGGUAUGUUUUGGAUGAUGAAUAUAUCAGUUCUUCUGGAGCCAAGUUCCCAGUCAAGUGGUCCCCUCCUGAAGUUUUCCAUUUCAAUAAGUAUAGCAGCAAAUCUGAUGUCUGGUCAUUUGGAGUUUUGAUGUGGGAAGUUUUUACAGAAGGAAAAAUGCCUUUUGAAAAUAAGUCAAAUUUGCAAGUUGUGGAAGCGAUUUCUAAAGGCUUCAGGCUGUACCGACCUCACCUGGCACCGAUUUCCAUAUAUGAAGUCAUGUACAGCUGCUGGCAUGAGAAACCUAAAGGCCGCCCGACGUUUGCUGAGCUGCUGCAGGUUCUCACAGAGAUUGCAGAAACCUGGUGA